AUGAACGGCGGGGGCGGGGCGGAGUCCAGGUGCGCCUCGGCGUCCACUUGGCAGAGCGCCUGGGAGCCGCCUGUAGGCAGGAGAGGAUCUGUCAAAUGCGAGGUUCCUUUAAUAAGAGAGACCAGUCCGGCUCCGAGAGUCAUGGCGACCGCAGCGUCUAACCACUACAACAUCCUCACCUCCAGCGCAUCCAUAGUGCACUCGGAGCCCGGCAGCAUGCAGCAAGCCACGGCGUACCGGGACGCGCAGAGCCUGUUGCAGAGCGACUACCCGCUGCAGAGCAACAGCCACACGCUCAGCCACGCACACCAGUGGAUCACGGCGCUGUCCCACGGAGAGGGAGCCCCGUGGUCCUCCAGCCCGCUCGGCGCAGAGCAGGACAUCAAACCCGCGGUGCAGGGCGCCCGGGACGAGAUGCACAACUCCAGCAGCAACCUGCAGCACCAAUCACGGCCGCCCCACCUGGUGCACCAGACGCACGGGAACCACCACGACGGCCGGGCGUGGAGAACCACCACCGCGGCGCACAUACCGAGCAUGGCGACGACGAACGGCCAAAGCCUUAUUUACUCUCAGCCGGGUUUCAGCGUAAACGGGCUGAUUCCGGGCAGCGGGCAGGGGAUGCACCACCACAACCUAAGAGACAGUCACGACGACCACCACAGCCCGCACCUCAGCGAUCACGGACACCCGCCGUCCCAGCAUCAGCACCAGCACCGGCCGCAGAGCCACCACGACCACUCGGACGAGGAUACGCCGACCUCGGACGACUUGGAGCAGUUCGCCAAGCAGUUCAAACAGAGGAGGAUCAAGCUGGGCUUCACGCAGGCGGACGUCGGACUCGCCCUGGGGACCCUGUACGGAAAUGUGUUUUCCCAGACCACCAUAUGCAGGUUUGAGGCCCUGCAGCUCAGCUUCAAAAACAUGUGCAAGCUGAAGCCUCUGUUGAACAAGUGGCUGGAGGAGGCGGACUCCACCUCGGGCAGCCCGACCAGUCUGGACAAAAUCGCUGCGCAAGGGAGGAAAAGGAAAAAACGGACUUCAAUCGAGGUAAGCGUAAAGGGAGCUUUGGAGAGCCAUUUUUUGAAGUGCCCUAAACCGGCAGCGUCGGAAAUAAUCAGCCUGGCGGACAGUCUGCACCUGGAGAAAGAAGUGGUGAGGGUUUGGUUUUGUAACAGGAGACAGAAGGAGAAACGCAUGACCCCUCCAGGAGGAGCUCUGCCGGGGAGCGAGGAUGUGUACGGGGACACGCCGCCUCAUCACGGGGUCCAAACACCGGUCCAAUGA